CCGGGAAGGGCGGCGCGCGCGUGCCUUUCUGAGGGGUCUCAUGUGCGGCUGCGGCGGCGGCGGCGGCGGUGGUCCUUCGCCCUCAGGAGGAGGAGAAAGAGGCGCCUCAUCCCGGCGCUGCGUCCGCUGAGCCGGCUUCCCGGGCGGGCAGGCGGCGUGAAGGCGGCAGGAUGAAGUUCGCCGAGCACCUUUCCGCGCACAUCACCCCGGAGUGGAGGAAGCAGUACAUCCAGUAUGAGGCUUUCAAGGAGAUGCUGUAUGCAGCCCAGGACCAGGCCCCUUCUAUAGAAGUCACAGAUGAAGACACCGUAAAAAGGUAUUUUGCCAAGUUUGAAGAGAAAUUCUUUCAAACCUGUGAAAAGGAACUUGCCAAAAUCAACACAUUUUAUUCAGAGAAGCUUGCCGAAGCUCAGCGCAGGUUUGCUACACUACAGAAUGAACUGCAGUCUACUUUGGAUGCACAGAGAGAAAACAGUGGUCUCACCACUCUGCGGCAACGCAAAAUGCCAGUCUUCCACCUGUCCCAUGAGGAGCGUGUUCAGCACAGGAACAUCAGAGACCUGAAACUGGCCUUUAGUGAGUUCUACCUCAGCCUCAUCCUACUGCAGAACUAUCAGAACCUAAACUUCACAGGAUUCCGUAAAAUCCUCAAGAAACAUGACAAGAUCCUGGAGACCCCCCGAGGUGCAGAUUGGAGAGUCGCACAUGUUGAAGUGGCACCAUUUUAUACUUGCAAAAAAAUCAACCAGCUCAUCUCUGAAACAGAGACGGUGGUGACUAACGAAUUGGAAGAUGGAGACCGACAGAAAGCCAUGAAGCGAUUACGUGUCCCACCACUGGGAGCUGCACAGCCUGCACCAGCAUGGACUACCUUUAGGGUCGGGUUAUUCUGUGGAAUAUUCAUCGUGUUGAAUGUUACAGUCAUCAUUUCAGGUGUCAUUUUUCUGAAAGCAUUGAACGUGUGGCCACUCGUAAGAAUCUACCGAGGUGGCUUUCUCCUGAUAGAAUUCCUCUUUCUCCUUGGGAUUAACACAUAUGGCUGGAGGCAAGCUGGAGUGAAUCAUGUCCUCAUCUUUGAGCUCAACCCUCGCAGUAAUUUGUCCCAUCAACAUCUCUUUGAGGUUGCUGGAUUUCUUGGAACAUUGUGGUGCCUGAGUCUGCUGGCAUGUAUCUAUGGUCACCCCUAUGUUCCUAUGCAGGCAAACCCACUUAUAUUGUAUGGAUUUAUGUUGCUGUUUCUCAUAAACCCUACCAAAACCUUCUACUACAAAUCCCGUUUUUGGCUGCUCAAACUCUUGUUUCGGGUGUUCACUGCCCCCUUCCAUAAGGUGGGCUUUGCAGAUUUCUGGCUGGCCGACCAGCUUAAUAGUCUGGCUGUGAUACUUAUGGACCUUGAAUACAUGAUUUGUUUCUAUAGCUUUGAGCUCCAGUGGGCAGCCAAUGAUGCAUUGCUGGCAGAUCCAGUUGGUCAGAUCUGCAACACCUAUGCCUAUGGAGUGCGAGCAGUUGUCCAGUGCAUUCCUGCGUGGUUGAGAUUCGUCCAGUGCCUGCGCCGAUACCGUGACACCAAGCGGGCCUUUCCCCACCUUGUCAAUGCUGGCAAAUACUCCACAACCUUCUUUAUGGUGACAUUUGCAGCCCUUUAUGCAACUCAUAAAGUUCGAAAACACAGUGACUCCCAAGUGUUCUUCUACCUGUGGAUCGUCUUCUAUUUUGUCAGCUCCUGCUACACCCUCAUCUGGGACUUGAAGAUGGAUUGGGGUCUCUUUGACAGGAAUGCUGGCGAGAAUACUUUCCUGCGGGAAGAGAUUGUCUACCCACAAAAGGCCUAUUACUACUGUGCCAUUGUCGAGGAUGUGAUUCUGCGCUUUGCAUGGACUAUCCAGAUCUCUCUUACUUCCAUGCCAAUCCACCCUUACGCCGGGGAUAUCAUCGCUACUGUGUUUGCACCACUUGAAGUUUUCCGUCGAUUUGUGUGGAAUUUCUUCCGACUGGAGAAUGAGCACCUGAACAACUGUGGUGAAUUCCGAGCUGUCCGGGACAUCUCGGUGGCACCGCUGAACGCAGAUGAUCAGACCCUGCUUGAACAGAUGAUGGACCAGGAGGAUGGUGUCCGGAAUCGUCAGAAAAAUCGGGCCUGGAAGCGUAGCCAGAGUGUGUCCUUGCAUAGACCGCGUCUUGCUUCUCAGUCCAAGUCUCGUGACACCAAGGUGUUAAUAGAAGACACAGAUGACGAAGCAAACACAUGAAAUGUCCACAGAACCAAGUUCCACAUCCCUUGUGUUCUCUCGCUUUACUACCUUCUCCCUGCCCCCCGCCCCGCACAACCCCACCAACAACAACAACAACCCAACUUCUGGUAUAUUUCCAGCAGAAAACAGGAGAAAAAUCUGAACACACUUUCUGAGCUCUUCCGGACCGGAUCCUAUGGACUCCAACAAGCUCACUGUGUUUCCUUUUCUUUUUUCUUCUGGUUUUAAUUUGAUUUCUUGUUUUUAAAAUAAAAAGGUUACUUCGUUUUGCCAA